AUGAAAAUCUUGAGCUGUAAACGAGCUGGAAAGGACACAAGUGAGCGAGUCAGGCCAGUGAAAUUCACUUUUUCAAGCUCAGAUCAAGCUCGUACCAUCUUGAGCAAGACUAAGCUACUAAGACAUGUAGAGGGGUUUAGUUCAGUUUACAAUACUCUUGAUAGAUCAGCUGCAGACAGAAUAGCCUACAAGAAAGUUGUCGACCAACUGCUCAACAAAAGGACAGCAGAGCCGGACAAAGUUCACUGCUCGACGUUUGGUUUGGUCAACAAGUGGGGCAAGUUUUUGAGUGCUCAGCGGGAUGAUACCGUCGACUGGGAUAGGAGCAACUAUGGCAGCUUGGAAGUUAUCAGAUUCGUUCAGAAUGGCAAGGACACCGGCUCCCUCAAGUCUUCCUGGAACAAGUACCUUUCAGCCUCUACCAAGCACCAUCUCGUGUGGGACAGGAGUGCUGCAUAUAGCUUGGAAAGGUUUAAGGUGCACCAGUACGAGGAUAAAGUGGCGUUCCAGUCGUACCACGGCAGAUAUCUGUCAGCACAAAAGGACGGCACUGUGGAUGUGGAUAGGACCAAUGCGAAUAGUUGGGAGUGGUUCACAGUCCACCCGCAGGAUUGCUUGAAUAACAUCGAGUGUGACUGUUCCAGAACCAUCAACCGUGAUGACUAUGAGUUUAAAUCAGUUACAUAUGACACAACAGGGGGGCACGUUAAGGCGUUUGCGCCUGACAGGGUGGGGUACCAGCACAUAGAUAACAGAGACGGGUCAGUCACACAAUCCUCCACCUUCACGGUGAGCGAGUCAGUCCAAGAAACGGCCACAUUCACACACACAGCUGGAGCAAGCGUCACUCUUGGUACUGAGUUCUCAGUUGGAAUACCGUUUGUGGGUGAGGGUAAAGUUACGGCGUCAAUUACGGCAAGCUACUCCUUUUCAGCAGGUAAUUCGAGAUCGGAGACCAAGACAAAGACAGCUACAUUCAACUGUGUGGCUUCGGCUGGCAAAAGUGUCACGUGUGAGGCUCUUCUCUUCAAAUACAGGGCUACAAUUCCUUACACCCAGACAUGGCAACACAAGAGACUGCCUUGUACCUGCACCAGUACUGGACAGUUCUCAGAGAUAUCAGCUGACGAGAUGAGAAUGACUAUAACUGAGGACUAGCUUAGUUAUAAGGGAGGGUCACUAUUUUAAAGUCGUGUUACUAACUGAAAAUUGUGAAAAUGGAGCGGUG